UAUCAAUUCAACACACCCACUUCGCGGAUGAAUAGCGCUGAACGUUAUUAGGGUUGUUCAAGUUCAUACCAGCAAUAACAGCUUCAUCAGCAUUAUGAGUGACCUUGGCAUGCGAGGUUUCAGAGACAAGCAGCGCACCGGCAAUGUGGAGUAUGUGCACAGACUCCGGUCCAUCGCCAGAGAGUUGGAUAAAAAACAGCGGUGUCUGGAUUUGGUGAAAGUGGGUUGUCUCAUAGUGGGAGUUAUCGGCUCUGGCCUUAUAUUUGCCGGGUUCGUGUGGACCUUUGUCAGCUACACCCAGUCACUUAACAUAACUCUGUCUGGCUCGGUCAUCGCUCUGGCUGGUAGCGCUGUCAGUUACGCCGUCAACGUUGGACGUAACCGUCACAACAACAACGCCGUUAAAGUGGCAUUGGGUGAAAUAACGUCCUUUGAAAUGAGCCAGAAUCACUUUAAGGAAAUACUGGAAUUGUUUUGUGAAAUGUCGACUGGACCAAAGAAAAAGUAUCCAUUUCAGUAUACCCUGUUGACUUUGUUGCCUGUCAUAUCGCUUCUGAACAGCAUCCACGAUUUAAAGUACACGGCGUCCAAAUGUACUGGUGUUGCGGACAACUUGGAAUAUAAAGACAAAUUUGACGGCUUGUCUGCGUUUGGGAAAGGUAUGGAGAUUGUAGACGUUGCUGUAGCUGUAAUAGGACUGUGUGCGAACACAGGCGGUCUCAUCUACUACUGCUACAAGACGUAUAGAUACAGAGAGGCUCGGGUGCCCGGUAUUAUCAGGGAUGUAGCCACGUCAUUCUACUACUGAACUUCAGAGAGGCGACCCACACCAGGGAAACAGGGACAUCAUGUGUUUGAUCUUUACAACAUCGGUUUGGAGGAUGACAUUGUGUCAUGUUUAUCAUCAAAACUGGCUUCGUAAAAACAUGUUUUAAAUUCGAGGGUAGGUUCCAAAUGAUGUUUUAUCUUUGCAUCCACACUACUGACAUUGCAUAUCUGAUCAUGCAGUAUUCACGAAGCUUGCAUUUGAACUGAAAUGGUAGUAUAGUAACGGGCAAUGAGGGCGAGUGGCGGGUGUGUUGCAGAUCUUUGGCGUUCACGGUAUGUCAUGUAUUGCAUUGAACAAAGCUACGUGUCCGUUUGGACGACAGAGAUGUGGAUCAUCACUACUUUCUCAUCUAGCCGCCACCAAACACGUUUGCCCGUAUGUGCAAUGCCAUAAACGUCUCAUAACGACCUCCAUAAAUUCUGACUUACGCACGCAAUAAGCUUACAUGCUGUGAUAUAACUGUAAUGUUCAAAAUUGAGUUAAAUCCAAGUUGCUUACUGUCUCUCAUUCACAAUUAACCCCGUUCGCUCUUCAAAAAUUCUCCAAGAUAUAUAUCCCUCAACUUCUGGAUGCCGUUGUUCAUAAAAUAACCUCAGCGCUACAAUAAUCGUAAGCCUAUGUUAACGUAUGGAAGUUUCGAUCACCUCAGCGCUGAGAACUCUUUGUGCAACCGCACCCCGUUGUGCCGACACGCGCGCAGUUAGGAGCCAAUGCUCCCCAUGUCUGUGUUGUGUGACGUUACUGCGCAAUACUUCAAUGCGUUGACGUUUUACAUUUACAUGACACAUUGUUACUAUUCUCCCAAUCAACACUUGAAUACGAAUAAGUAGUAUAGUAACGUUAAUUAUCAGUUGUGUGUUUAAAGCAGUAAUAUAUGUCAACUGUGAAUACCAUUACAUUUCUAACAUGAUUAAAUCUGACAUUGCUUGUAACUAUGCAUAAAGAUUGCAUUGAAAAUAU